GUGUCACGUUACAUUUUAUACCGCAAAAUCCGCAAAAGUGAAACCGCAAGUUGCAAGUGCAAAACCACUCUUAUUAGUGAUUUUUGCUUCCAAUAAGAAUCAUGUAUUUAGUGAAUUACUGAAAAAAGCCGUGCUUUAAUUUAUUACACUGAUGUAUUUUAAUUUUUACACGACUAACCUUAGCCUACUUGGCUAACUAAUUACAUGAAAAUAGGUUAUUUCAGUGUAUUGGUAAAAUGACCGCACCGGAUUUAAAUGAUUUUACAAAUUAUGGAUCGGUUCGUAACCAUCCUGGACACGAGUAUACGGUGCGACAGGCCUAUGAGGAUGGUGGUAUAAAGGCAGGAGCAGUGCGUGCAGCACGUUUGGCUUAUGGCAUCCUCUCACGACGUAAGGCAGCGGAGGAGGGUGUAGCCAGGCUUGCUCGGGUUCUGUCAGCGUUAGAUCUGACCGCUUUAGGAGUAGGCAGUACAUUAGGGGUUGGAGUGUAUGUUUUAGCAGGAGAUGUAGCUAAGAACUACGCGGGACCUGCUGUGAUACUAUCAUUUCUUUUGGCUGCAGUGGCUAGUGUAUUUGCCGGUCUGUGCUAUGCGGAGUUUGGUGCUCGCGUGCCUAAAGCGGGCUCUGCUUAUGUAUACAGCUAUGUGUGUGUUGGAGAGUUCAUGGCUUUUAUUAUUGGAUGGAAUUUAAUAUUGGAGUAUAUAAUAGGUGCAGCGUCUGUGGUGAAAGCAUUAAGUGAAUAUUUGGACUCUCUGUUAAACAAAGCGAUAUCAACACAACUGGAAGCGGUAUUGCCUCUGAACACGCCACAUCUAGCUAAAUAUCCUGAUUUCUUUGCGUUUUCGGUUAUUAUGGUGUUUUCAAUUGCACUCGCGUUUGGUGUAAAAGAAUCGACGAAGUUCAACAAUUUCUGUACGGGCGUUAAUCUGUGUGUUGUUCUGUUUGUUAUUAUAUCCGGCUCUUUCAAAGCGGACACAAAGAACUGGCGCAUCCCCGCCUCCGAGGUGCCAAAGACUGGGGGCAAAGACUUCGGCAGCGGGGGCUUCGCCCCGUACGGGCUCGCGGGGAUCAUAAAGGGGGCGGCGGUCUGCUUCUAUGGAUUCAUUGGUUUUGACUGUGUGGCGACCGCUGGCGAGGAGGCCCGCCGCCCCCAGAAGACCAUACCGUUCGCGGUGGUCGCCUCGCUGCUCAUCGUCUUCCUCGCCUACUGCGGCGUCUCCUCCGUGCUCACACUCAUGAUGCCUUAUUACAUGCAGGACGAGAAAGCUCCUUUCCCUUUCGUGUACGACCAGCUGGGCUGGCCCUGGGCGAAGUACGCGGUCAGCGUCGGCGCUAUUUGCGCUCUGUGCUCAAGUUUACUAGGCGCAGUGUUUCCCUUACCGCGUAUAAUCUACGCGAUGGCGUCCGACGGGCUGCUGUUCAAGUUCAUGGGCGCAGUUAGCGAGCGCUUCCAGACUCCGCUCGUCGGCACCAUCAUUGCGGGACUGUUCACUGGUACGCUGGCGAUGAUCUUCGAGUUGGAGCAGCUAAUCCAUAUGAUGUCAAUUGGCACACUGCUCGCUUACUCCAUGGUCGCCUCCUGCGUCUUAUUGUUGAGAUACGAGAGGAGUCUAUCAGGUCACAGGGCCGUGGAGCCGCUGAACCUGAGCGCGAGGAGUGUGCUGCGGCAGCUGGUGAACGCGGACCAGCUGGCGACGCCCUCCCGGCUCAGCAGCGCGCUGGUCUCCGCCCUGGUCGCCUUGUACGGUGUGUGGUGCCUGGUGACGAUGGUGUGCGUGUCGCGGCUGGGCGCGGCGGCGCUGCGCGGCGAGGCGCUGGCGCUGGGCCUGCUGGCGAGCGGCGCCGCGCUGCUGCUGGCCACGCUCUACUGCCUCUCCCGGCAGCCCGUCUCGGAGAAGAAACUCGCCUUCUCGGUGCCGCUGGUGCCGUGGCUGCCGGGAGUCAGCAUCCUCAUCAACGUGUACCUGAUGCUGAAUCUGGACUACGCCACCUGGCUGCGCUUCGCCGUCUGGAUAGCUGCCGGUUUAAUAAUUUACGUAACAUACGGUGCGUGGCACAGCGCGGAGCGGCGCAAGACACUGGACAGUGUGCAACUGGCCGACUUGCAUAACGACAGUCGCACGGAGCUGCUGCAGCGCGGCGGACUGCACGCGCUCGGCUGACACUCCGCAACAGGGGGCGACUGUCUGCAUGGCAAGUGUCUGCAAGGCGAGUGCCCGCAACAUGGCGACAGUCAUAGUGUUUGCGACGCCAUCAGUCCUAGCGGCACGGUCGUCUCAUUCGUAUCGAGUAUUUAAUUCUAAAUUCAAAUUCGGCUUAAAACUUGUGUGUUUGAAAAUCGAAUUCUAUUUAAAAUUUUUGAGUCUUUGAAUUCUGUGUUUAGAAUUCGAAUUUUAAAUUUAUAUUCGAAUUAUAAAAUUGAAAGAUUGUAUUUUUUUAAAAUCGAAUUCUAGAAAGUUCUUAUUCUGUGUUUUAAAAUUAGAAUUCAAAGUUUUGAAUAUCGAAUCAUUGUACAAAAAUUGUUCGAUUAAAGAAAAAUAAUUUGUUAAAUGUUGAAUUUGUUUUUAAAACUCAGAAUUUGUAGGUUACAAUUUUGUAAACCGCUACAUUAAGAUACGCAUUUAUAGCUUUGUACUUAGACACUUAAAAUAGAAACUGUUUGGUUCCUUUUAGUAAUUUUUACCAAAGUAUUGCCUGCAAAUGAUUUCUCUUGCUUUAGUUUUAAGUCUAUUGUACUUUUAAGUGUGUUUGCAGUGAAAAUACCAAAAUAGUUAAGAUCUAUGUCUAGGAUUGUGUUUAAGACAUGGUUUUUGUGUCACAAUUACAGUGUGACAUAAUUACUUAUCAGAGAAUUAGUCGUAGUUAAGGAAAAAAAUUUUAAACCACAUAGAGAAUGUAUUUUUACGGAAUUUUCCUUAAAAAAAUUUUAGAAACGCGAUUAAAUUGUUUUUUUUUUUUUUACUUCUAUGACAUUUUAAAUGAAGAUUAUGUGAAAAAUGUUUUGGCUCCUCUGUAGACUAUCAUAAGUCACUUUUUUUUGAUUCAAACAAUGUUUUAUGGUAAAUAUUAACUUCUGUGUAAAUUUAAAAUUAAUGUAAGAAAGGAUAUCUGAUAAUGGUUGUCUAUCAUCUGUAUAAUAUUUGUAUUAUUGUUUAAAAUUUUAAUUUUGCAAAAUUUAAACAUACAUUAGUUUCCAUAGGGAUCAUUUUAAGUAAUUUUAUAAAAUGACAAUAGCAGAUCUGUUAUAAUUUGGACUCGAAUAAGCGUUUGACAUUUUUAUUAUUUUAAAUGUAACUUUUUUAUUUGUACUUAAGUGAUUGUGUGUAACAGUAUUAGAAAAAAGGCUGUGAAACGGCAAUUUUUCAAUAAGUAUUGUUAAAUGUUGAAUCAGUGUUAUUUUUUGCAAUUUAAUUUACCCUUUCAUAGUUUUUAUGCAAUAUUUUGUGAUUAAACCAUUCCUCUGACAUUUGGCGGAGAAAUAAAGCUUUUACCAAUAGUG